AUGGGAGGUGCGCCAAGCAGGGUUCACCAGUCAAGUACCCUCGGCGAAGUCCCCGAGAGCCGAGCGACGGAACACGCAACCGUGUGGCGAAAGGAGGGCUAUCACGACGACUUCACGAAGAGCCCUAUCCUACCGGACGACCGAGAGGACAUCACCGAGUACGUCGAGCUGCUGGCCAUGCUGCACAGCCCUGUCGGCCAGAACUUUCUGGGAAGGUUCUCCAUGGAGAUCGGGACGCAGCACGUGCUAUUCGCGUGGAGCGACAUCCAGGAGUACCGGGCGAUCCCAACGGUGGACUACCGCUUCACCAAGGCUAAGCAGAUAUUUGGAAAGUACCUGCGAGCGUCCGCCACGGCACUGGAUUUUCUUCCAGAAGGGCUCGGCGAAGAGAUCUAUAAUUGCCUCGACCAGGCCCGGGAGGACAAAAACUUGCUCGGACCCGACCUAUUUCUGCAAGUGCAGAAGGUCUGCUUCCGCCAUAUCUUCGAGUUCACCUUUCAGGAACUCAAGAAUAACUACGCCAGGCGGUACGAGGCCUAUCAGGAGGAAGGAGCGUCACGGUUUAACAGGAUAGGGGUGAACGAUUUCUGGUACAUGGAGAAGCUGGGGGAGGGCGCCUUCGGGAAAGUGGUGCACGUCGUGAAGAAGAGCACCGGGAGACAUUACGCCAUGAAGAUCCAGCACAAGACGGAGCUGCUGAGAAGCUUCGCGCGAAGUCUGUCGCGCCUCGACAACGAGAAGAUGGUCUUCCAGGCGUGCAACCACCCGUUCGUGCUUCAGAUGGACUACGCCUUCCAGACCGAGCUGCACGCAAUUAUCGUGCUCAACCUCGUCACCACGGGAAACCUCCAGGAUGCGAUCGAUUCCUCCCCGAAGAAACGUUUGGACGAACCCCGGGCGAGGUUCUAUGCCGCGGAGAUUGUAAUAGCCCUGAUACAUCUGCACGACAUGGGUCUCAUGUACAGAGACUUGAAGCCCCGGAAUGUGAUGUUGGGGAUGGACGGGCACAUCCAGCUGGCGGAUAUGGGCGGGGUUGGGGAUUGCAUCGGGGAUAUGUCGGCAAGAAAGAUUCGAAAGCACGGGACGACGGUAAAGCGACGGGGAACCCUGAUGAACUUCAAGAGGAGGAGCAUCAUGGGCACCAAGGGAUACAUGGCCCCAGAGAUGGCCAAGCUUCUUAACCAGAGCAACGAUCAGCGUCAGGGGUACGACGAGGCGGUGGACUGGUGGUCACUAGGGGUCACCGUCUACAAGAUGCUCACGGGGGCGCGGCCUUUCGAUCCCCCCCCUUGGGCGCGCAAGCAGUCCGUCGUCGCGAUGCUUCGGAGACAGACGGAGUUCGAGAAGCUGCAAGCCGAGGUGGAGUACCCCCGUUACAUGUCUGAGGCUGCAGUGUCCUUCGUGUCCGCGCUUUUGCGACACGACGUUCACGAGCGACUGGGAUCUGGACCCAACGGCAAGGAGGGUAUUAAGUCUCACGCCUUCAUGGCGGGUAUAGUCUGGGAGCGUCUGGCGGCCAAGAACGUAGAGCCUCCCUACAUCCCAACGCAAGGACCCGUUUGCGACGAGCCGUUAUAUGACAGCUUCGAAGAAAUGAUGGAGGGGAUGCAUGAGGCCGACGCCAGAUAUAACAAGAAGAAGCGAAACCUCAACGAGAAGGUCUCGCCCGACGAUCAAAAGUGGUUCGCAACCUGGCGGUAUAUCAGCCCACAGACCCUGAGAAUCGAGAUGGGUCUUGCUCAGGCUAUGGACGACAUCGAAGCAAAUUUCAAGGUGAUGCAGCUGACGGGCGAGGGCUCGCUCUCCGCGUCGGCGUCCGCGACAUCGCCCCACCUGAGGGCUUUGAAAAACACCGGCAAGGCGGCGUUAGCCAUGGGAAAGCUUCUCCGUCUCGGCUCUAACGUCUCCGGCACACCGAGUGCGCCGUCGGCUGCGGUGUCGCCAAGGUGA